AUUAGUAAUAGAAAAUUUAGACCAAGAUUCAAUUUCUUUAAGACCAGUAUAUAAUUUAAUCGAAUUGGGAUUAGAAGAAUAUGAAGAUAAUGAAUUGGUUCUUGAUACCGUUCAUGAUUUAAUGCAAUUUUUUGAACAAUCAAAUUGCACAUGUCGACGUGCAUCCAACAGAAAGGACCUUAGAACAUGCUACGAAAAAGUUGGAUUUAAAAGAUUUUUUGAAAGAUAUUUUCAAGUUAGAGCAUUAGAAAAAUCUGAACUUGAAUUAUUUUUAAAAGCACAAUUAAUGGCUUUUGAGAUUUCAGAUGAUAAAGUAGAAGUUCAUCAAAAACAUUAUUAUAGAUAUUGUUAUAAUUAUUCUCUUCCUCUUUGUAAACCUGCAUUUUUAAAACUCUAUAUGAUAAAUGAAUAUUUUCUUUCAGCAAUGCAAGAACAUUUAAAGAAUGAAGGUAUAACAGAAAGAAUUCAUGGGAAUACUGGUCAUGUACCUAAAAUAAAAAGUAAAGUAUUUCUUGAUUCUAGUAUUACAUUUCCGGUUAAACAUUUUUUAGAACAAUAUGGAACUAUUAAUGGACUUCCGUCUCUAAUGAGAUAUAAAAAUAAAUCUGAGCCAUUUAUUUAUCUAUCUACUGGAAGCACUUAUGUUUCUGUUUAUGAUGAAUUUAAGAAAUAUUUUUAUAGCGAAAAUAAUCAAGAUGAAAAAAUUAUCUCUUACUCUACUUUUAGAAAACUCUGGCAAGAAACAAUUCCUCAUUUUAAAUUUCAAUCACCUGCGAGCGAUCUUUGCGAAGUUUGUGAAGCCUUUAAAGCAAAGUUAUUAGUAGCAAAAUCUGAUAAGGAUAAAUACGAUCAAAUUAAGAUUUAA